UCAAUCUUUUUCAUACAAAGGAAAACAAAUUGUAAGAUGGCAAAAGCUUCUUUGUGCCUAUCAAUAUCAUAAAUCUCUCUCUAUAUCUCUUACCUCUUUGCCAACUUGGCCUCUCCUUUCCCUUUCUUCUCCAAAUGAAUUACUUUCUAUAAAAUCUUUAUUAUCUAUAAAUACAUAAACGUUUCCAAUUUCCCUCUUAAAUCCCCAAAUCAAUUAUUUUUUCUUUGAUACAAGAUAACAAAUAAAAGGCAUAGAACUCAACGACACCGUUUUCAUCGCUCUGUCUUCUUCAUUCACCAUUGAAGCGUCAAAAACUGUAACAAUGAAGACGACGACGCAGCUUCUCGAUCUAACGGCGGCUAUGGUUCUUCUCAUCUACGUGACUUUCUCUCCGCCGCUCGUUUCCGGCGACCCAGGGCGGAGCGUUAGCAUGACUCUGGUUCGAGACGCCGCUGCUCUCGGUGCUUUUUGCUUGGACGGGAGCUUACCGGCGUAUCAUUUAGACAGAGGCUUUGGUGCUGGAUCAAACAAUUGGCUUUUGCAGUUUGAGGGAGGAGGAUGGUGCAAUGAUAUAGCAUCAUGUGUUGAUAGAGCAAAGACCCGUCGAGGCUCGACACGUUAUAUGAGCAAGACCGUCGUCUUCACCGGAGUCUUGAGCAAUAACGCCUCUCAAAAUCCAGAUUUUUACAACUGGAACAAAGUGAGGCUGAGGUAUUGCGACGGGGCUUCAUUUGCGGGAGAUUCACAAUUUGGCAACGGGACGUCAUUGCUUUAUUUCAGAGGACAACGAAUAUGGAAUGCCAUAAUUCUUGACCUUCUCCCAAAAGGUUUAGCAAAAGCCCACAAGGCUCUUCUAACCGGUUGUUCAGCUGGUGGUUUGUCUACAUUUUUGCAUUGUGACAAUUUCACGAGCUAUUUGCCCCAAAACGCAAGCGUUAAGUGCAUGAGCGACGCUGGAUUCUUUCUUGACGCAAUCGAUAUAGCAGCAAACCGGACAAUGAGAUCUUUUUACACACAGCUUGUGUCCCUACAGGGUAUACAAAAAAACCUCGAUCCAAGUUGCACUCACGCAUUUUUUCCCGAACCAUCUCUGUGUUUUUUCCCGCAAUACGUAUUGCGAUUUAUCAAAACGCCAUUUUUCAUCUUAAAUUCAGCCUACGAUGUAUUCCAGUUCCAUCAUGGAUUGGUUCCACCUUCUGCUGAUCGAACCGGUCGUUGGAACCGUUGUAAGCUUAAUGUGACAGCAUGUAAUCCACACCAGCUCGAUGCACUACAAGGGUUUAGGAAAGAUAUGUUGGGAGCUUUAAUGAAUUUCUUCAGAAAUUCUACAAGAGGAGGAAUGUUUAUAAAUUCAUGCUUUGAUCAUUGUCAAAGUGCUUUAGAGGAGACUUGGCUCUCUCCCACAUCACCAAGAAUCAACAAUAAGUCAAUUGCUGAGACGGUCGGAGAUUGGUAUUUUGGGAGAGGAAAAGAAACGAAAGAAAUUGGUUGUCCAUAUCCAUGUGAUAAAACGUGUCAUAAUCUCAUUCCAGCUUCUACUUCAGAUUUUUUGGCUUCUAAUGCUUCAGGUUCAGGCCAUAACUAUCGCGGUACACAAUUGACUUUUCUUUUUCUUCUCUUUAUUUAUUUUUUUGUAAUUAGUAAACUUAGCAUCGUUUUUUUUGAAGAUGAUUUUGUUAUGUAGCAUCACGCUAGAACAAAUAAACCAACUCUCAUUUUUCUGGUUAUGUUUCUAUAAUCAGGUACCUUGAGUCGAAGCCAAGUUGAUCUAAAUGAUCUUAUGUAAUGGUUAGUUAAGAUUAGCUAAAAUUGCAGUGGUAAAAAAAUGUCCAAAUGUGACAAAUAAUAAAAUAACUAUAACAAUUCACAUGAUGAUCAUAGUAUUACAAUGUU